AUGGCCACCGUCCAAGCUGGGGGCGAGACCCCACGGCCUUCUAAAAUCCCCUUCUGGCGUCUAGUUUUUGACCAGAAAGUCAUCACGGAGGAAGUGGCUUCGUUUCCAUAUCCAGGAUCUGGCACACAAGAGGAUCCCUAUGCCGUUACCUGGCUACCGCGCGAUCCUCGCAACCCGAUGAACUUCUCAGCCGUGAAGAAAUGGGCUAUUACAUUCCUCGUCUCAUUCGUCACACUAGCUGUUGCCCUCGUUUCAUCAGCAUACUCUGGAGGUCUGGGCCAAAUUGUCGCCGACUUCAAGGUGGAAGAAGAGAUCGCCAUCCUGGGCGUGUCGCUCUUCGUGCUUGGAUUCGCGAUUGGACCAUUGAUUUGGGCACCGCUCAGUGAGAUCUUCGGUCGUCGCCAUAUCUUCACAAUCAGUUUCACCUUCUUGACAGCGUUCAACGCUGGCGCUGCUGGGGCGACCAAUAUCCAGACUUUGAUCAUCUUGCGAUUCCUCGCCGGAUGUUUUGGUUCGUCUCCAUUUGGUAAUGCCGGUGGUACCAUUGCCGAUAUGUUCACUGCCUCGCAGCGUGGUAUUGCUAUUAGCUUCUUCGCCGCAGCGCCCUUCUUAGGUCCUACCAUCGGUCCUAUCAUCGGUGGUUUCCUAGCUACUGGAGCUGGCUGGCGCUGGGUCGAAGGAUUCCUUGCUGCCUUCUCCGGCGUCCUCUGGCUGUGCAUCAUCUUCCUCUUGCCAGAGACAUACGCACCGGUCUUAUUGCGUCGCCGGGCAGCCAAGUUGUCUGAAAUCACGGGCAAAGUCUACCGCAGCAAGCUUGAUAUCGAGCGCGGUCCUAUUCCGAUGGGCAAGACCCUGAAAACAGCUCUCUCUCGCCCUUGGGUCUUGCUAUUCCGGGAGCCUAUCGUCUUGCUGUUCUCUAUCUAUAUGUCUAUCAUCUACGGGACGCUAUAUAUGCUAUUUGCCGCAUACCCCAUUGUCUUUCAACAGGUUCGCGGCUGGAGCGAAGGUAUCGGUGGCCUCGCCUUCCUGGGUAUCCUCGUCGGCAUGGUCAUCGCUGUGGCAUACACCUUCCCCGAAAACAUGCGAUACGCAAAGAAGUGCAGUGAGACCACCGACCGCCUCCCACCAGAGGUACGAUUGCCCCCGAGUAUGGUCGGUGGUAUCGCCCUCCCUAUCGGUCUCUUUUGGUUCGCUUGGACCAACUAUCCUAGUAUCCACUGGAUGGCGUCCAUCGCUGCCGGCGCUCCAUUUGGCUUUGGCAUGGUGCUCGUCUUCUUGAGUGUGUUCAACUAUCUGAUUGACUCGUACACGAUUUAUGCUGCCUCAGUACUCGCUGCGAACUCGGCUCUUCGAUCGCUAUUCGGCAUGGCCUUUCCCUUGUUCACCACCUACAUGUACCAAAACCUGGGUAUCCACUGGGCAUCGUCUAUUCCGGCGUUCUUGUCGUUGGCCUGCGUGCCAUUCCCAUUCAUUUUCUACAAAUACGGUUCUCAGAUUCGUCAGCGCUGCACUUACGCCGCAGAGGCAGACGCCUUCAUGCGCCGUCUUGCUGAGAAGAACCAAGCCGAGAUUCGCCGCGAGGAAAGUACUGCACAGAACGAGACGGAGAAGAACGAGGUUUCUGAGGAUAUCUCGGAUGACAGCAGCGAUACUGAGAGUUUGUCAACUGUUCCCUCGCGCAUUACCCUGGGACGGUUUGCGUCACGGGCAUCUCGCCAGUCUGGAAGGUCAUUGCGUCGGACUGCUACGGCGACUCAAUAUGAGGAAAAUCCAUAUGAUCUGGACUUGGUGAACACUCGCCAGUCUGCUAUCAGCGGUCAUCGUCAUGAGUGA